AUGUUGGAGGGUCUGGUUGCCAACUUGCUCAACCGCUUCCUCGGCAUCUACGUCAAGAACUUCGAUGCGACGCAGCUCAACAUUGGAAUCUGGUCCGGCGAUGUCAAACUACGCAAUCUCGAGCUGCGCCGCGAAGCACUCGACCAGCUCCAUCUACCUUUGAACGUUGUCGAAGGCCACUUGGGACAACUCACACUAUCCAUUCCCUGGUCAAAUCUUAGGGGCAAACCGGUCAAGGUCGAUAUCGAAGAUGUCUUUCUACUGGCGGCGCCCCAGGAGGAUGCGGACUACGAUGCGACGGAGGAAGAUAAACGGGCGCAUACCUUGAAGAUGGAACGGAUUGAAAGCGCUGAGAUUCUCCGCGAGCGUAACGCAGAAGGCAUGAGCCAGGAGGAACAGCGCCGAAACCAGAGUUUCACUCAAAGCAUGGUAACAGCUGUGGUGGACAACCUGCAAGUCUCGAUUAAGAAUGUGCACAUCCGAUACGAAGAUUCUAUCUCCUCUCCAGGCCAUCCGUUCGCCGUAGGAUUAACGCUUAAAGAACUCAGUGCCGUGAGCACCGACGCAGACUGGAACCCGACUUUUAUCCAAUCCACCUCCGAUACUACACACAAGCUUGCGGUCCUCGGUGCCCUGUCCGUAUACUGGAAUACAGAUGCGACGCUUCUAGGAACUGGCCGCGGCUCUGAUAUCGGCGCAGAGGCCCAGGGAAUUGACCAUGCCGACCUAAUGGACAAGAUGCGUGACACCAUUGACAAUGGUGAAGGUAAUCAGUUCAUGCUUCGACCUGUCAGUGGGCGAGCAGGCCUUGAGAUGGACAAAUCAGGCAAAUAUGACCGUCCUGCUAUGAAAGCGCGUUUGCUCUUCGACGAACUUGGUUUUGUUUUGGAUGAUAACCAGUACCGUGAUGCCCUGAUGUUGGUGGAUCUCUUCCAUUACUUUAUCCGUCACCAGGAACACAAGCGAUUCCAGCCUAAAUGCUCCGUCAAGGAGGAUCCUAAGGCCUGGAUGAGGUUCGCUGGACAGGCAGUACUCAGCAAGAUCCACGACCGCAAUCGACGAUGGACCUGGGACUACAUCAGGGAGCGCCGAGAUGAUCGCAUUGCAUACAUCAAGCUCUUCAAGAAAAGAAAGCGGGAAGAAGCAUUUUCGCCCGAAGAGACUGCAGAGCUAGAUGCUUUGGAAAGGAAACUCAGCUACGAAGAUAUCAGAUUCUGGCGAUCACUCGCUCGGAAUCAACUGCGCAAGGAGAAUGUUGGGGUCAAAAAGCCUGCUCAACAUCAGUCAUGGGGCGAAUGGUUCUGGGGCGCCAAGAAGGAAGAAUCAGAAGAACCAGCUAUGACCGAUGAGCAACGGCAAGAGCUAUAUAGUGCCAUUGACUGGGAUGAAAAGAAGGCACUCGCAGAGAGCGUUGACGUACCCCGUGAAUGGGUCAAGCUUCAGGUCAAUUGGAGCCUGCGAGCCGGUAGCUUUACCCUCAAACAGGAUCCUCAUGGCGCGGCGAACGAAGUCAUGAAGCUAGUGUUCGACAACUUCCGUGCGAAGGCUCUCCAACGCCCUGAUUCAUAUCUUCUGGAUCUUGAUCUCGGUGGCUUGAAAAUGUAUGAUGGUACCACCCCGGGUACCCUUUACCCCCAAAUUGUCAAGGUCAAAGACUCCCUUCCUGAGCCCACAAAAGAACUGCCUAGCUCAGAGGACGAUGACCUCGCUUCAGAGGCUAGUGCAGAUGAUGCUGUGGACGAAGACAGCCUGUUCCAUCUGCAACUGGAGAAGAAUCCACUAGAAAGCGACGCGGACUCGGCUGUCAAGGUCAAGCUGAAGAGUAUUGAAGUCAUAUACAAUCCCAGAUUCUUGGUUGAAAUUGUUAAAUUCUUCCAACCCCCUGAGCGACACAUGGAGUCGAUUGGUGCACUUUUGGACACUGCGGGAGCGACUGUCGAAGGCUUGCGGCAGCAAACUCGAGCAGGCUUGGAGUUUGCUUUGCAAGAGCAUAAGAAGGUUGACGCCCAAUUUGAUGUGCACGCACCUUUGAUUAUCGUACCUGAGAGUAUCACACAAGAGAGCUCCCUUUGUCUGAUUCUUGAUGCUGGUCAUGCUAGUGUGAACAGUGAGUUGGUUGACAGACAGGCGAUGAGAGAUCUGCAGUCCAAGCAAAAACGCCAGUACGAAGAGGAAGAUUACAAACAGCUAGAGCACUUGCUAUAUGAUCGUUUCCUGAUCAAGUUGGACUCUACUCAACUUCUGAUUGGUCCUGGAGUGGAAGCAACCAAAGCUCAACUCACUUCUGAUGUCGAGUCCAAGAACUUCCAUAUCAUUGAUCGGAUCAAUGUGGAUUUCGUUCUGGAAAUGUGCAUCGUUCCGAAGGUGACGCAACUUACUCGGACACGUAUAUCAGGAAAUCUGCCCGAAUUGCAUGCGUCCAUGUCAGACACCAAAUACAAGGGAUUGAUGAAGUUGAUUGACAUUGCAAUUCCUCAAUUUGACAACGGCAAGCCUGAUUCUGAUCCGGCCGCAGCGAAAGCCAUUGAAGAAAAAGCCAUUGCAACCAGAGCUCGAUCUGCCUCUUUCCAGCCUCCGGCCCUGAUAGAUCUUCCCGUUGUGGAUGAUGAUGAAGCCGAGUCGGAGAAAGACCACGCGAGGAAAAGCAUCGACUCGAUAAACAAUAUCCACCGCCGAGACUUUGAAUUUAAAUUUAACGUUGGUCGCUUACGUGGAUCUCUCUUCCGCUCUGAUUCCCAAGACCCCCUGAAGGAUCAACUGCUAGUUGAACUGGUCGCCGAGGGCUUUGAGCUCGACUUCUAUAUGCGCCCUUACGACAUGGUCGCUGAGGUCGUUCUUAAGUCUCUGAGCGUGGAUGAUUACAUCGAGGAUAACCCACUUCCUGAGUUCAAGAGAAUCAUAUCCUCGAAGGGCUUCAACGCAGAUGAAGACAAAGAUCUUUUCCAUUUGAAAAUGGUAAGGGUGAAGCCCGAGUCUCCAGAGUUUGAAUCCACUUAUGAGGGUGUUGCGAUGAAUCUCGACAUCUCGGUGUCGACCAUCAAUCUAGUGGUGACAAGGAAGACAUUACUCACAUUGUUGGAUUUCAUCCUUCUUACUUUCACAAGCCCACAGCAGCCAGUCGACCAAAAUUCUCAAACAGACAAUCUGGCCAUACAUGAGACAGCCGAUGUUACUCAAGCGCCCCAGCAAGCUGGCAAGCUUCGCAUCAAAUCCAAUCUCAAGAGUAUAGCUCUCAUCCUCAACAACGACGGCAUUCGAUUGGCAACUUUGAGUCUCAACACUGCUGAUGUUGGAAUAUUCCUUGUUGGCUCCUCUAUGAUUAUUCAGUCUCGAAUUGGCAGCUUGACUUUGGUUGACGAUGUCAACUUGGGUGCAUCCGAGGAGUCAGAUGUUAGGCGUCUCCUCACAAUUGAAGGAGAUAAUUUCGCCGAUUUCAAGUAUGAGACAUUUGACCCGGAGAGCGAGACUUACCCUGGUUACGACUCGGAGGUCUACUUGCGUUCCGGUUCAAUCAAGAUCAAUUUCCUGGAAGAACCAUACCGAAAGAUCAUCAACUUCCUAGUUAAGUUUGGCAAGAUGCAGGCAAUUUUCAAUGCAGCUCGCCAAGCUGCCGCGAACCAAGCAAAUCAGUUACAGGAGAACGCUUCGCGAAUGCGGCUUGAUAUUGUGGUCAAAACUCCCAUCUUGGUGUUCCCCAGAGUAAUGGCGGAUGAUAGACCCAGAGAUACGGUCACUGCACAUCUUGGUGAGAUCUAUGUCAAGAACGAAUUCGUUCCUAUGGAUGAGGGCAAAGAUAGCCCGGCUGUUAAUGUGAUAUCUACUGGUGUGCGCAACAUUCGCUUGACCUCCAAGUUCCACUUCGAAGACGGCACCGAAGAAGAGCUUGAGAUGAUCCAGAAAGUAAACCUUGACUUCAGCAUCUGCUAUCUGGAGCACCAGGCCAAUAACGCACGCCCAGACAUGGAGGUCGAAGGUUCUCUGUCUCCUAUCAAUCUUAGAAUUUCCCAGAGUCAGCUCAAGUUUUUGCUGGCUCUUUCAAAAUCCAUUCCAGGUGCCUUUGCAACGGAUUCUGAACAACAAGAGCUUGAAGCUUUGGAAUCUCUUCCUUCAUCGGUUACCGAGCCCACAACCACAUCCAAAGCUGCCCAAGCAGAGGAGCAGAAAGCAGUGGCUGCUGAUGAUACAACGAGCAAAGAGACAUGGGUUCGACUUGAUAUGAUUUUCAAAGUGGAUAGUGUUGGGCUGGAGCUUAUCCUAGCCAACGACAACCAACCUGCUGGCCUUCUGGAGGACUCAAGCUUAUCGAAAUUCUCUCUCAACGACACCAGAGUCAAGCUGCGCAUGUUGACCGAUGGUUCGUUGGAGUCGGAGCUUCUCAUCCACUCGUUUUCCAUCCGUGAUAGCCGUCGACAGGACUCGAACAAGUUCAGAAACAUCAUGUCCUUGAUCAACAAUGAUGUCCAGCAGCAAUUCAUGGCCAGCGUGUCUAUGUCGCCUGGACCAGAUAAGCAUCUUAUCGCGAUGUUGACUAUAGACAGUCCACGUAUCAUGUUUGCUUUGGACUAUCUAUCUGCUUUGCAGUCAUUUAGCAAUUCGGCAUUUGCUUCUGACAGUCCUGUGGAGGCCAUUGAAGAGGAAGGUGACUCACCUGAAGACUCAGAGUUGGGAUCUGAUGCUGCAACCUCGGAUAAGGAAUCCACCGGAGUUUCCGCUGAGGAAACUAGCGCUGGAUCUACAACUGUUUCGUUCCGUGUCAAUUUAGUCGAUGCCCAGGUUAUCAUGGUGGCCAACCCUGCCAUCCCUCAUUCCGAAGCUAUUGUCAUCGGGACUAAAGAAGUUCUUAUCUCUCGUCAAAACGUAUCGACAUUGCAAGUUCAAAAGCUCGGCAUGUUCUUGUGUCGUAUGGACAAAUUCGAAACCAGUCGACUGCGGAUUCUUGACGAUUUCACGGUUGAAUUGUCUAUUGAUAGCCGACCUCAAGACCGUGGAUCUCCACUUACUUCCAUUGAAGUUCACUGUGAACCUUUGGUUCUCCGUUUGUCUCUCCGUGACAUUCUGAUGGCAAUCCAGAUUGUUAAUAAAGCGGCUGAGAUGCGAGCUCAGAAUGCACAGCAGCUCGAGGCGGGUGAGCCAAAGAAGAUUACUGAUACGAAGAGCACGAGAGCCCGCUCUAGCAGUAAAGUAUCUACAACUUUGGCCCACAGGAGCCGUCGACGGGCCAGUCACGGAACUGAGACACUCGACAAGACUGCAGAAAUUGAAAGCUCGGCUGUCCUCAAGCGCGAGGAGCUAUCAGCCAAAAUUGAUGGUGUCCGCGUCAUCUUAAUCGGUGACUUGCAUGACUUGCCUUUGCUAGAUUGGAGUGUUAAGAAAUUCAACGUUGAUGUGCGCGACUGGUCGUCUACCCUGAGUGUCGAUACGAACUUUGAUACCUUCGUCAACGUCUUCAACUUUUCCAAGUCGGCAUGGGAGCCGUUGAUCGAGCCUUGGCAGCUUGGAUUCCACAUGGCGAAGGAAACGAACCCAGAUGUCUUUUCGAUUGACGCUUACUCUCACAAGAACAUGGAACUCACGCUGACGUCGGCUACGAUUGCACUUGCCUCAAAGUCUUUCCAGUUCCUCUCCACAGACGAAGAUGUCCUUUCCAAGCCCAGAGGUGCGGAUGCCCCUUACAGAAUCCGCAACUAUACCGGCUUCGAUUUGCAUGUGUGGGCCGAUGUCAGCUCCGGAGAAGAUGGCCCGGCUGCGAAAUUGACCGACGGAGAGGAAUAUCCUUGGCGAUUUGAAGAAUCCACGGCCAUUCGUGAGACUCUUUCACCCGACGGCCAGGGCGGAAUCGUUGGCAUUAAAUUGGAGGGAAGUGGGUUUGACAGCAUCAAUCGCAUUCCCGUUGUGCGAGAAGGAGAGGUUUUGUACAGCCUGAAGCCGAAGCGAGACAAUGUUCUCCACCGACUUCUCGUAGAGGUCAAACUCGGCGCUGAUAACGUCAAAUACAUCACUUUCCGUUCGCCUCUCCUCGUGGAGAACAACACUCAAAUUCCUGUGGAACUGGGAGUUUUCAGUCCCGACGAUGGCCACCUUCUCAAGAUCGAGAAGAUUUUGCCUGGCGAUGCGCGACCAGCACCGGUCGGCUCAGCAUAUCUUCAUCCGAUUGUCGUUCGUCCGGACCAGGGCUUUGGCUAUGACUGGUCUACCGAACGGCUGUUCUGGAAAGAUCUCAUCCGCCGCCCGACACGCACCAUGCAAUGCGUUAGUGAAAAUGGAGGCCAAGCACCUCCCUUCUAUUUCCAAGUCAAUGCAACCUUUGACAGCAAAGAUUCGCUUACAAGCUCUUAUCCUUACAUGAGGAUCCGAAUUUUCGCACCAGUGGAGAUCCAGAACCUGCUGCCUUACGACUUUAAGUACCGCAUCUACGAUAAGAAUACAAAGAAGGACUGGACGAACUUUUUGAGAAAGGGCGGUGUCAGCCCGGUUCAUGUGGUGGAGUUAUCUCAUCUUCUCCUGCUUAGCAUUGACCUUGAAGAUACGGUUUUCCGACAGAGCGAGUUUGCCAUAGUCAACGGAAAUUCUCAGGAUUAUCGCAGAGAGCACAGCCUGUCUUUGAAGGACGAAAAUGGUCUUCAAUUGAAAUUAAAGCUCCAUUACUUCAACAUCCCCAACAGUGGUGGUGCGUUCAAGGUCUCGGUUUACAGCCCAUACCUUCUUUUGAACAAGACUGGUCUUCCUAUGGACAUUCAAAGCAAAGGCUUCCUCCAAUCUGCACGCAAUGCUGCCGGUCAAGGUCUCAGAGUUGACCCGAGAGGUGGUGGCCGGGCGCUGCCUUAUAUGUAUUCUUACGGAUCCGACGACCAGAAAAACCGAUCUAUCCUGAAGGUCGGCGAGUCUACGUGGAGCAAGCCGCAGAGUUUCGAGGCUCUUGGCAGCACAUUCGAGGUCAUUUUCCCUGACCGAGAAGGUAGAUCUGAAUUCCAUUCUGGAGUUUCUGUGAUCGAGGGCGAAGGCAAAUACAAGAUGACCAAGGUGGUUACUAUUGCCCCCAGAUUCAUUCUGAAGAGCAAACUCACUGAAGACAUAAUGGUGCGUGAACCUGGUUCGUCUAAUGUCCUCGAGCUCAAGAGUGGAGAAUUGGUUCCACUCCACUUCCUCCGCCAGGUCCAAGAAAAGCAGCUCUGUCUGUGCUUCCCCGGCGUGAACAACCAAUGGUCUUCUCCGUUCAACAUUGCAGACGUCGGAACCGUUCACGUCAAGUUGGCCAAAUCGGCAAAUCAGCGCCAGAGUUUGAUCAAGGUCGAUGUCAUCCUCGAAGGGGCAACUAUUUUCCUGCACCUUAGCUUCGAGACUCGUAACUGGCCAUUCUCGAUGCGAAAUGAAAGUGACAUUGGGUUUAUUUUCCACCAGGCUAACCCGAACGUGGAUGAUGAUGAGGAAUACGACUCAAGUGGAUGGCGGCCUAUCCGCUACCGUCUUCCGCCACGAAGCAUCAUGCCUUACGCGUGGGAUUAUCCAGCAACCAAGAACAAAUCUCUUGUCUUGUCUUGUCAGGGUAAGGAGCGACAUAUCAAGCUUGCUGAGAUCGGUAACUUGAUCCCGAUGCGCAUCCCGUCAUCCAAUCCUGGCGAGUACCAGAGAAUCGUCGACAUCAAUAUUGUAGCUGAUGGACCAACUCAAACUCUUGUCCUUUCGAACUUCAAGCCUUCCAAGAGCAUUUACAAACAACAGAAGGGCCAGACCUCGCAGGCCAAUAUGAGUGCUGGAUUUGAAGUAAAGGAGAUGAACUCGGACGUGAACUUUAAGGCCCAGCUCCGCCUAGGUGGCAUCGGAAUUUCUCUCAUCAACCAGAACUUGAAGGAACUUCUCUACCUCACCUUCCGUGAGAUCGAAGUCAAGUUUCGGGAGUCGGCACUAUACCAGACCUUGAACACCACCAUCAAGUGGAUUCAGAUCGAUAACCAAUUGUAUGGUGGAAUUUUCCCGAUUCUUCUUUACCCCAGUGUGGUCCCUAAAACUGGGAAAGAGAUGGAGGCUCAUCCGAUCUUCCAUGCGAUGGUGACAAGAGUCAAGGAUGACUCUUAUGGUGUUCUUUACGUGAAGUAUGCCACACUUCUACUACAGCAAAUGACACUUGAAUUGGAUGAGGACUUUGUCUUUGCUAUGCUAGACUUUGCCAAGAUUCCCGGGGCGUCCUGGACUGAGGAGCAAGAAGGCAAGCUAUGUGAUGCAGACCUGUUUAUACCAGAGCCGCAACAGAAUGAAGCAGGCCAGGAUGUGUACUUCGAGCUUCUUCAUUUGCAACCCAUGCAAUUGGAUAUUUCCUUCAUGCGGACAGAGCGUGUCAAUGCGGAGGAUGGCGCCAUGCAACCUUCUAACCCUCUGAUGUUCAUUGUCAACGUUAUGACCAUGUCAAUGGGUAAUGUCAAUGACGCACCUAUCCGGUUGAACGCCUUAAUGUUGGAGAAUGCCCGUGUCUCUUUUGGAAGACUUGUCAACAAUGUCCGCGCACACUACACUCAGGAGUUCGUACGCCAAGUGCAUAUUAUUCUCGGAUCUGCCGAUUUCCUGGGCAAUCCCGUUGGCUUGUUCAAUACUGUCAGCUCGGGCGUGGCAGAUAUCUUCUAUGAGCCGUACCAGGGUAUGGUCAUGACCGAAAAUCCCCAAGAACUGGGAGUUGGAAUCGCGAAGGGUGCUGCCAGUUUUGUGAAGAAAUCAGUUUUCGGUUUCUCAGACAGUAUGGCCAAAUUCACUGGAAGUUUAUCCAAGGGUCUUGCUGCCGCCACCCUCGAUAAGGAGUUCCAAGAUACGCGCCGUAUGGCCAAGUCCCGUAACCGACCAAAGCACGCCCUUUACGGAAUCACAGCCGGAGGAAAUGCAUUUGCGGAAAGUUUGGCUAGUGGAAUUGGCGGCCUAGCCCGCCACCCAUUGCAAGGUGCCGAGAAGGACGGAGUGGCAGGAUUCUUCAAGGGAGUUGGAAAGGGCGUUCUGGGCCUUGCCACCAAACCUGCUAUCGGAGUCUUCGAUCUUGCUUCCAAUCUCGCCGAGGGCGUCCGGAAUACCACUACUGUCUUCGACGCCGAUGGUCUUGACCGUGUUCGACUCACACGAUUCAUUGGUACAGACGGCAUUGUCCGGCCAUACACUCAGCGGGAAGCCCUUGGUCAGUUCUGGCUCAAAACCGCCAGUGACGGCAAAUACUUCAACGAGGAUUAUAUCGCACACUUGGAACUUCCUGGCCGAGAUAUGCUGGUUAUGUUGACUUACUCCCGUAUUAUGCUCGUUCGCACGAAGAAACUCUACACUGAGUGGGACAUUCGUCUCACAGACAUCCAAACCAUCUCAAAGGAGCGGACUGGUAUGAGUAUCACGCUUAAGGGAGGUGCCAAUGGGCCCUUCAUCCCUGUUCAGGAUGAGAGUUCUCGGAACUGGCUGUACAAGCAAAUUGCCAUUGCGGUUAACGCCUUCAAUGAGAAGUAUAAUGUCCGAGGAUAA